CAGAAACUAUAAUAUCAACAAGAAGCUCAAUGAUUUCAACAUACAUUUCGGAUUCAACAGUAGCUACUUAUUCAAAUGACAGUGAAAUAAAUAAUGUCACUGUUUAUCCAGACGCUGAAACCCAAGCGACGACACCCUAUGUUCAAAAUGAUAUGCUUAAACGACUGCUAGAUUUAAGUGAAAAAACUGACCAGAAUCCGUCAGACCCCGAAACGGCGCGAGAACUGGAAGAAGCAUUGGAAAACAUGGAGAAAGCUCUCGCAUCACCGCCAGUUUCCAAUAAGGUUCGUCGGGAUUUACGUCAACCAAAAGAAUUUAAAGAUACACCAGAGCAAAGAGAGAACGAGCCAGUACCACAAAAAGAGCUUCCUAAAGAGCAAACACAAACCCAAAAAUUUAAAGAAAUCGGCACUCCCGACUCAGCUCCAAUCAUGGCUAUACUGACAAAAUACGCCCCGUUGAUAAAGAGCUAUGAAAACAUUUUCAGACGAAGCGAUGCAUCAAAUACCACCCUUAGUUUAGAAGUGUUGGUGUUAGGGUUCUUAGUUUCACACAGUUUGUAAACAUAAAUUAACUAG